AGAGCUUGGAGAGGGGAAAUCCAGGGUCCCCACCCCCAACACAGGCUUACCAGGGAUGAACUUCAAGCUCCGUGGGUUUGGUGUGUCCUGUGUCUGAAUGGACAAGUGUCGCACUGAAACAUAAUGGACAAGGUGGUGCCAUUUGUGUGGAUGACUGACUCUGCUGAAGGAGGAAUCUCACAGUGCCAGACUGAGACCGACGGUGUCUGGACCCGGAGCGUCCCCACUGUACUUCUACUGCUGCUGGUCUCUCUCACCGAACUACCAAGACAUGGUCCUCUGGAGUCUACUCCCCAUCUCCCUCUCCUUAGUGUCUCUCAUUGGAACCUGGGUGACGUAUGGCCUGGCGUACAGCUAUGACCAUGUGUGUUCCCUCAACAACUGGGCCCCUGGGAACCACUGCAGAGACAAUACAUCAAUAGCUUGUUGUCAAGUCCCAACCAUAAGCUCGAGUGGAACAAGCUUACCAGAAAGCUCAUUGUUCACAGCCACCUUUAAUGCUGGCUCAUUUCUGUUCAUGGUGUUCUGUAUCUUCCACCAUGCUCACAUCUUGGAGAGGAACAGUGUCCACUCCAUGCUCAGUAGAAUCGCCCUGGUGUUUGGUGGAGUGGCGGCUGUCGGGGCCUUUGUGGCUGGGAACUGCAACCCCGAGUACCUGAAGCUGGCCCAUUACCUGGGUGCUGCAGUGAGCUUCCUGUGUAUCUGUUUCUAUAGUCUGCUCCUCACAGUGCUCACAAGGAAGUGUGUUCUGACCCAGAUGGAGUGGUUCCUCUACCCUGCACGGGUCACCUCUACUGUGGUCCAGAUCAUUGUCACCAUUGGCUACACCAUCUUGUUUGUACAGGAGGAAUACCUGUACAAGCACUCAGCUGCCGUGUUUGAGUGGAUAAUGAGUGUCAACCUGGAGCUGUUUGAGCUCAGCUUUGCUGUGGAGUUCUGUUUUUUCUCCUCCUCCAUGUUGUCCACGCUGCUGGUGAAAAGAGAUGAGGAGAAGCCUAUCCUUCUAGCCUGAGGAGAGAAGAUGCUGGGCUGGCUACUGUAAGAGACACUGGGGUCUAGUUCAUUAGGCAUGAAAUGGAAGAAACCGGUCCGAAACAGAGAGAGAUUAGCUGGACUUGAUUGUCAUUUUAAAACAUUUUGUUACGGUGUGCCUUAAUGACACGACCCAGUAGUUUGCAAACUUUUCUUUGUUGUGACAGAUCUAAAGCUUGUGGAAUUGGACCAACCAUGUAAAGGGAACAAUUGUUUGUAACCAGGACCCAGUCUGGCUGCGAUCAAAAACGACUCUGAAUUGGCCACGACCCACCGUUUGGGAAACACUGACAUAGGGGCAUCAUGAGGAUAAUAUAUCUGACCUUUGACUUUGCUCCCGGACCAACUCUCAUUUUUGAGGAUUAUUUAUUUAUUCUAUUUUUUUUUAAUCAGGGCUGACAUUGUUCUUAUGCAGCCCCUAAAGAAAAACAGAAAGAGGAGUUCUUACUGUCACACCAAAUCAAUGUACCUCGUAUUGGGGAGUAUUUCUGGAUGCUUUCAAAAGGGAAAACUUGAUCCUACAAUCUUCAUAGCCACUGAUGAACCAAUACCAGAAUACCUCAGCAUUUGAGUAGUAGUCACUGUAAGCACUAAAGUCACUAUUUCUGUUCCUAGGUCCUGAAUUGAUCAAAGUGACAUGUAUCAUUUGAUGGGCCAUGGAGAAUGUUCAAUGAUGUUUGUUAGCUAUUUUUUCAAUAUGUUGUCUAUAUGUGUAAAACAUGACAUCUUGGUGGCAUUACUGUGCUAUUGAAGUAUACCAGUUAACAACAACAUAAUUACUUGUUGUAUAAAAAUGUAAUUGUCUGCCAAGUAAAGUAUUGAAGGGUAAUGUUGCGAUGGAAUCUAAGCCCAAUCUCUUCUGACAGCCUUAACGUUAAACAGAUGAUCAAGUAGCUGAUUUGUUUCUGGGUGGUGAGAAGAGAAGCCAGUGGUGAUUGUAAACCUGCGAUACAACAGGUGGUGUAGUGUGAAGGAGGCAGGUGUGGCGGUUGAUUAAUGAACAGCCAUCUUUGUAUUUGUGAUAGAUCAUUCUGAAAAGCUUUCUGGUGGCAGAACAGUUGGUUGUACUACUGCAUUCCUGUCAGAUGAGAGAAGAACCAGAACAUAAGCAAUCAUUUAUCCAGAAACAAUGUAACUGAACAUUUUAUGAACAGAACAAAUUUCUUAGCAAGGUGUCAUACUUUGUUCCCUUCUUCUUACUAUUCAGUCUCCUUUUCUACAGUGUUCCUAAUCAGGGCUUUUGUGCAAUGAUGAUUGACUUUUACAACAACAACAUAUCAUGGACUACAUGGUUACAUUCUAACAACGUGGUACAGCUUUAUUCUUUUAAGAUAAAGAAAAAGUGACAAACUGACUAUCACCAAGAUUAAAAAUAGACAAAAGCAAUCCCCACUGGGCACACACUGGUUGAACCAAUGUGGAAUUGAUGUCUGUGCUCAGUGGGUUAAUUCAGUAUGAAAAUAAGGCUAGAAAUAUCCCAAGAAAUGUAAUUUGCCAAGCAUAAUUAAAUAAUAAAACGUGUGUAAGAUCAAA